CUAUCAAACAGUUACUUGUUACUUGUAUAAUUUUCAUUUUGCAUCGAUCAGUAUGUUUCCUGUUCCACAUUCAACUUUGCUAAUGACCGAUCAGAGUCUACUGUUCAAGGUCCAAACUAUACACAGAAGCCUGGAGACACUACGCACCGAAUUGCAAACCAUCAGGAUCACGUUUUCCGGUGAGGACUCUGAAGCCAAUCUGGAAAAAGAUGAAUUAAUAAAGCGAAACUUGCAAAACAUCGAGCUUGGCUUGGGAGAGGCCAACUUAUUGGCCGCCCUAAUAACACACCUCAAAAGCAUCGAUGCUGAGCGACAAAAAUUACGCAUACAAGUCAAACAUCUGUGCCAGGAAACCUCUUGGCUACGGGACGAGCUGCAAAAUAGCCAACAGCAGCUUCUAGAUUCCGAGCUGAUGGUAGUGCAACUCGAAGAGGAAAAGAAACAACUCGAGUACGAAGCAUCCAUUAAGAAAUAUGAUGACUUUCUGGACGGCGAGGAGUUCAAUGAUAAACUUUCCGACGACCCUGAGUUGGAUUUGUUUUCGGACGAUGAUAUGGCCGAAAGACGACUCAGCAAAUCGGCGGCGCCUCCAUCGCGGAACUUUAAAGACUACGAAGUCUCCCCGCGACUGAAAACAAUUCACAAUCUGGCAAUUCACUACGCAUCAAAGGGUAAGUAUGAGGUGGCAGUGCCACUUUGCUCUCAAGCUCUGGAGGACCUCGAGCGCGAGAAUGGUCGCGAGCAUCCAGAUAUUGCGACAUUGUUGAGCAUCCUUGCUAUGGUCUAUCGAGAUCAGAAAAAUUACACGAAAGCUAUUGAACUUCUCAACGAGGCCUUGAAGAUAUGGGUUCGAUGUUUGGGUGAGUGUCAUCCCUCAGUUGCGUCGGCUUUGAACAAUUUGGCCGUAUUGUAUGGAGAGAAUGGAUAUUAUGAAUCGGCAGAACCCUUGAGCAAACAAGCCUUGGCUAUUCGAGAAAAUGUGCUUGGUGGAUUUCAUCCCGAUGUGGCUAAACAAUUGAAUAACCUUGCUUUGCUGUGUCAGAACCAGGGAAAGCAUACCGAUGCAGAGGUGUGUCGUCGAAGGGCGUUGGAAAUUUUUGAAUCCCAGCUGGGUGCCGAGGAUUCAAACACCAUCAAGACAAAGUGUGAUCUGGCUGCGUCCUGUCUGAAGCUGAAGAACUACAAAGAGGCGGAGCAACUGCUGAAGGAUGUGCUGGUCAAAACACAAGACAAGGAAUUUGAUGGGGAGCAGAGUGAAGGAUGCGAAUCGAGUAAAGCCGACACCGUCCCAUAUGGUAAAACGGGAUCUUGGUAUAAGACUUCAACCGUUCUCUCACCAACAGUGAAAAGUGUGCUGAAACACAUGGCCAAGUUAUACCAGAAGCUGGGAUAUUAUGAUGUGGCAAACAAACUAAAGCAGAGCAAGUUUCGAAAUAAACAAGAAAUACUGGAUAUUUUGAAAUGAAGUGGAUUGGCGAAAACUAUUAAAUAAUAUUUCAAAUAAUUGUACUACACAUAAUAUGUACAUCAAAUAAAUAUAUCUAUUGCGUUUAACUGCA